AUGAUCUAUCUAUCUAUCUAUCUAUCUAUCUAUCUAUCUAUCUAUCUAUUUUUAAUUUAUCUGUCUAUCUAUCUAAAGAAAGCGGCUAGAAUAUUCCGAUCAGUCAACAAUGAUUCGAAACUCACAGCUAUUAAAGAGCAUGAUAUAGCUUUUGCUUUUGAGGAAAUCGAUACGAGUUGUAAUCGGACAAAAACGUUGAUCAACAUUCUAGACCAGAAGAAGACAUACGAUAUUUUUAUAGGCGGCUACUGCGAUGUCGUCUGUGAGAUGACAGCAUCGUUGAUUAGCGAACAAAAAAAAGUGAUGCUCAGCUACGGCUGUACCUUACCGAGUCUGUCCAACAAGAAAAUCUAUCCGUAUUUUGCCCGUAUGGUUGCCUCAUUCAGCACAGUGACUUCAUUCUAUAUCGAGUGCUUACGAAAUUUUAAUUACACCAACGUGGCUAUUUUUGUAGGAGAAGAGUACGUUUUCCAGCAGACGUUAGUGGAAUUUGAGGAACAAUUGCAGAUAGAAAAUAUUAAAUACGAUGUUUUCAGUACUUAUCACAAUGUCAAGCAAACCACCAAUGAUUAUAACGAGCUUUUGGAAAAAGCGAAAGAAUCUGCUCAUGUGUUCAUUCUCUUUGUAUACGCCGAAGUUGCCGGAGAUAUUUUGUAUACUGCCCACACGAUUGGAAUGACCGAUGGUCAGUUUGUGUUUUUCACUUUACAUGCUGAACUGGAUCUUCUUCUGGGCGACAGAGAUAACGUUGAUGAAAUAUUUACAGGUGUUUUGGAUGUCACCUAUUUUGAACCGCUUGAUGACCCGCUAUACAUUGAUUUCUUGGAGAAAGUAAAGAACUACACCUUGGCCGUCCGUCGUAUUAAUGGAAUCGAGUUAGACGGGACAGCAGCGGCAGUGUUUAAUUCAGUGUUGCUAGUGGCUUUGGUUGCCAAUAAAACUUACGGCGAAGGAGGACACAAGUCUGACAUGUACAAGAACUUAUUCAAUUGGAAAUUCACAGGAAUUGAUGGUCCGGUAAUUAUUGAUGACAAAGGUGACCGGAAACAAAAGUACAUGCUUCGAAAUAUAUUUCAAAGACAAUACCACAUAAUAAAAAUGAAUGAUAAUCAGAAAAUCGUUAACCUUUCUCAAAUUGUGUGGCCAGGUAGAAAACGAAUGCCACCGCUUGGUCGUCCCGUUUGUGGUUUCGAAAAUGAAUUCUGCCAAGAAGGACAUUUAUAUUGGACCGAAGCGACAAUUGCAAUAGCAUUUACUUUGUUCAUUGCCGGUAUUUUGUUUGCUGCGUUUAGCUAUUGGCAGACGAUUAAAAAGAGGCACCAAGGCAACAAGUGGAAAAUUGUCUUUGAGGAACUUAUAUUCAAAAAUUUAGAAAACGAAGACGAAGAAGAUGUCGAAGAACUUGAGAGGAUUAAAAGCGCUGAUCCUUUGAUUUCCUUACGCCGGGGACAUUUUGGAAACUUGCGAAAAUCAACUAUGCCAGCUAAAAGUUUGCGAGCUUUGUAUUAUCACAACAACACAGUAGAGGAAGUUAGAGUGAAAUAUUUAACAUCGUCACCAAUCGACUUCAAUUUGGCCCUGAAAGAAGAAAUCAAUAAGGUGUUUCAUAUGAAACACGACAAUCUCAAUCGUCUUGUCGGAGUAUGUCCAACCAGUUCUACUGUAUGCAUUGUCAGUAUUAACUGUAGAUAUGGAAGUCUACGUGAUACACUUAUCAUGCCGGAUCGUUCCUAUGACUGGGGAUUCAAAACACAAUUCGCUCUUGAUAUUGCGAAGGGGAUGCAGUAUUUGCACGAUUCAGAAAAAAUUAUACAUGGUCGUCUAUCGUCGCUCAAUGUUUUAGUCGACAGUGUGAUGCAAUGCAAAAUUGAAGAUUAUGGGAUGAACAAACUCCAAAAACUUUGGAUCGCUCCAGAACUUCUCGGACAGGCAGCAGAGGCAACGCCGACAAAAAAAGCAGACGUUUACUCCUUCGCCAUUAUUUUACAAGAAAUUGCCCAAAGGAAAAAACCGUUUGAAGAGUGUAACAUGGAAAUCAACAGUAUUUUGAAGGAGGUGUGUAAGCAGCAGAAGCCACCUUUUCGACCACAGGUCGACCCAGAAAACAUUCCUAAAUUCUAUUACGAUCUCAUGCUUAAAUGUUGGGAACAAGAUCCUGACAAAAGACCUAGUUUCGCCCAGGCUGUAGUCGCUAUCAGAAAUUCUCCAAAGGAACUCCAUGAGAUAAACCUGGUGGAGAAAAUAGCCAAUCAGAUGGAUGAUUUAGUGAAAAAAAAGACGCGAGAAAUUGAAGCGGAAAAGACCAAAUCCGAUCGCUUACUUAGCGCCAUGUUGCCCAGGUCUGUGAUUGGUAGACUGAGAAAUGGUCUGAAAAUUGCUCCUGAACGCUACGAAUCGGCCACCAUUUCGUUUUGUGAUAUUGUCAGUUUUACAACUCUAGCCGCUGACAGCUCUCCGCUUCAGAUCGUUAAUUUUUUAAACGCUUUGUAUGAAACGUUCGAUCAAAUCCUAAGCAGAUACAAUGUUUACAAGGUUGAAACAAUCGGAGAUAAUUACAUGUUGGUCAGCAAUGUUCCUGACAGGUGUGAUACACACGCAGCAGAAGUGGCUAAUGUAGCUUUGGACGUAAUGGAUACUGUACAGCACUAUGAAAUUAAUCAUAGGCCAGACUGGACAUUGCAAGUGAGAAUAGGUAUCAAUACAGGUCCCUGUCUAGCUGGAGUAGUUGGGUCGACGAUGCCUCGAUAUUGUCUCUUUGGUUACACAGUUGUUCUUUCCUCGAGGAUGGAAAGCAGUAGUCAACCCAUGAAAAUCCACAUAACACACAGCACAAAAAAAGAACUAGAUCGAAUCGGAGGUUUUCAAAUAUCUGAUCACGGGUAUAUAUCUAUAAAAGGUUAUGCCGGAAAUGUCAAGUCGUAUUUUGUUGAAGGACGCCAGAGAGAAUAUGACACACCAAUCACUGAAGAAUUUUGUUUGGGCGAGAUCUCUCCCGACAUCGAUGAAGGUCCAAUUUCUUGA